AUCGCAAUCAAUAAUAUGUGGAUUAGUGAAGUGUUGCUGCUAAUUAUAUCAGUUGGUAUUAAAAAUGUGGUUGGGCAAAAUGACGCCUGCCGUACUCCGGAUGGUCAAACUGGUAUCUGCAUGAUUUACAUUAACUGUGAUAGCAUUGUGCGUUUAUUGAUGGUAAACGCGCAGCAACGAGACCCUAAUAUCGAAGACUACAUCCUACAGAGUAUUUGUGGGAACCGCCAACUCUCUCAAAUGGUUUGCUGUCCAGGUUUGCGUUUCUCGCAUGGGAUUACUGCUACUUCAAUGACCACUCGUGCCACAACCACUGUCAAAACAGUCACCGUCAGACCUACCACUGCGAAAAUAACUACUGCCGCAAGCUCUGGCGGAAUAUUCUUUUUCUCCGAUCUUUCAUCAGCUGCUCCAAAUCCAACAACAACAACCGCCUUGCCCAUACCCAUACCCAAUGGUACCUAUAAACUACCAAGGAAUUCCAUUGACCGCUGUGGAAUGACCAAUGCUUCACAUUCUCGAGUUGUUGGAGGUGUGGAUGCCCAGCUGGGAGCGUGGCCUUGGAUGGCUGCUCUGGGAUAUCGUUCCAGUACUUAUGACCUCACCACCGGCCCAGUGUUCCUAUGCGGUGGAACUCUAAUAACCAUUAGGCACGUACUAACUGCGGCACAUUGUAUCCAGAAUCUGCUUUAUUUCGUCAGGUUGGGUGAAUACGAUAUCACGACCACCAAUGAUGGUGCCAAUCCCGUUGAUAUCUACGUUGAAAAGGUUAUAGUACACGAGCAGUACAACGAAAAAACCAUUCAAAAUGAUGUUGCUCUCAUACGUUUGCAAAGUGAAGCACCUUUCACUGACAUGAUUAGGCCCAUUUGCAUGCCGGUAGAGGAGCCAAUGCGUUCGCUUAACUUAACGUACUAUUCGCCAUUUGUUGCUGGCUGGGGAACGACAUCUUUCCGCGGGCCCACAGCAUCUCGUCUACAGGAAGUUCAGGUGAUUGUCCUUCCCAUCGACCAAUGUGCGUUCAACUAUAAAUUGUACUUUCCGGAUCAAGUUUUUGACGAUAAGGUCCUGUGCGCUGGAUUUGCCCAAGGUGGAAAAGAUUCGUGCCAAGGCGAUAGUGGUGGACCGCUGAUGCUGCCGCAGCUCUCCAGCAACGGACAAUACUAUUAUUUUAACUUGAUCGGAAUAGUUUCAUAUGGCUAUGAAUGUGCAAAGGCUGGUUUCCCGGGAGUGUACGUGAAAGUCAGUGCGUACAUACCGUGGAUCGAAUCGAAGCUGAACGCAUGGACGGCGAAAACUGUGGCCAAGCGUGAAAGGAUCUCGAUAAACGGCUACAAGCCUACGCUGUGGACCACGUGUCAGUGGAUUGCAGUACCGGCCACCGAACCCCAUGUGUACCAGUUUACGUACAGAUUGCCUUGUCUCCGUCGCAGCGAAUUGGCCACGUUUGGCCCGAAAAGACAGGUGGAGAAGUGCCCCGGAACCCCGGGAAGUGUCCUCACUGAGCGGUGUUCUCAGAAGGAACGUCGGAACGAAAACGGAGUCGCCAAGAGUGGACUAGACGAACUCCUGACAUCCAACACGAAAGCUGGUUGCAGCAAAGCCCAAUCAUGUUACACUCCAAAUGGUGUGAUAGGAGUCUGCCAGGCAUUGCCGAACUGUCCAUCGUUAGUACGUCGCUAUCAGUUUGAUAAAAGUCGACAGACGGUAAAUUUCUUAAUUUCGUCGCAACGUAACUGUGGGAACCGUGUACUCAGAGGGUAUCCCGUACUGUGUUGUACCGAUGGGGUUCAGUAUGAACCUGCUCCAACAACUCGUUCACCUUUCGUGGAGAUACCACCAACAACUCCAGCCACAACGACCACCACUUCCACAACCACCACCACUACUACUACAACUACCACACCGAGACCGACGCAGCCACCCACAACUUUGGCCCCUCUCCGCCUAGCCGAUUGCAUUGGGCCGGAUAAUAAAGAAGGAAAUUGCAUUAGUUUACGAGAUUGCCCGGUGAUGUUGAAUGAGUUUUUACAGCGACAGAAAGAUCCUCAGUACAUUAGGUUCAUACAAGACUCAAACGCCAUUUGCAACUAUAUUCAGCCAAAUGUGUGUUGUCCUCUGCAAUCAUAUACACCUGCUCCUCCAGUUCCACCGCCGACGGUGACACCUCCAGCUCCACCGGCUCCCUCUACUGAAGGACCAACUCAGCCCAAAAACAAUGGCAUCACGACAAUUCCCACCCCGGCCACCGGAUGCGGCUACAGUAAAGUGGAGCACAACCGCGUUGUCGGGGGAGUGCCAGCUGCUCUGCACGGGUGGCCGUGGAUGGCGUUGGUCGGCUACAAGGAUGCUCUCGGCGAAGUAUCAUUCAAAUGCGGUGGAUCUCUAAUUACUAAUCGUCACGUGCUAACGGCUGCGCAUUGCAUACGCAAAGAUCUCUUCUCGGUUCGUCUAGGCGAGCAUGACACAUCGAUCGACACUGAAACAAACCACAUCGAUGUGGUCGUUGUGAAGAUGGAAACUCAUCCCAGCUAUGACAAGAAAGAUGGCCACUCCGACUUGGCAGUACUGUACCUUGCAAAUGACGUAGCUUUCAAUGAUGCCGUCCGUCCAAUUUGCUUGCCACUGAGCGAUCCGAUUCGUACUCGCAACUUCGAAGGAUACACACCUUUCGUUGCCGGAUGGGGCCGAACGCAGGAAGGAGGCAAAUCGGCGAACAUCCUGCAAGAACUGCAGAUUCCAAUAAUUUCCAACGGGGAAUGUCGGAAUCUAUACGCCAAGAUCAACCGAGCCUUCUCCGAGAAGCAAUUCGACGAUUCGGUAACGUGUGCCGGAGUGUUGGAGGGCGGUAAGGACUCAUGCCAAGGGGAUAGUGGUGGUCCGCUGAUGUUGCCACAGCGGGAUGGCGUCGACUUUUACUACUAUCAGGUUGGAGUCGUUUCGUACGGAGUAGGUUGUGCACGAGCGGAGGUGCCUGGGGUCUACACAAGGGUGGCGAAGUUUGUAGACUGGAUUCAGCAGAAGGUAAAUGAGCCAGUGUGAUUUGUUGUCUCAGGUUUUUAAUGUUAAAUAAAAUAAGUUACAUUUUCUAA